AUGCAACAAAUAAAACGUUUGGCGCAAGAGCAAAUAACCAUAACCAUAUCAAUAUCAUUACCAUUGUCAUAUAGUUCAACGAUAUUCGUUCGUUCCGAUGAAAAUCGUAUGGAAAUUUUGAUCACGGGUCCUGACAGAACGCCAUAUUCAAAUGGAUGCUUUAUAUUUGAUGUCUAUUUCCCAAAUGAAUAUCCAACAACGCCAUCGUCGAUUAAUUUAGAAACAACAGGAAAUCAUACAGUUCUUGUAUCUAUACAAUUUCUUAUAUUUGUACCUGAACCAUAUUUUAAUGAACCUGGCUAUGAAUGUACACGUGGCACAGCAACAGCUUCUUUAACACCACCUGAUGAUUUUGUAAUUUCACAAGAAUUAGCAGCGUUCUUCGUUACAACAUCAUCGAAUAAUAUAACAGCAGAUCAAGUUGCACCUUCGUGUUCUUCUAUUUCGUCAACAACAGUAACAAUUCCAUCGAUAUCGGAUACAAAUCAGACAGAGUCCGAACAAACUAUAAUGUUAUUACCAACUGAUGAGAAUUCAAUACAAAUUAAACCAGUACUUAAUCUUCAAUAUCAAGCAUCUUCAUCAUCGGCUGCUACUACUGUUGAAUCUCCAGCAACGUUAAUUGACACAGAAACUCAACAAUCAUCGAAUUCAUCGGCCGACAAUUAUGAACAGCAACAAAAUCCAUCGCCAUUGACAAAUACAAAUUCAUAG